GUCUUCGACGCGCAUCACAGCGUGCACCGACAUCUCUCGUCAGCUCCUCUCAGAUCAGUCAUCCUCCCAUCGAGUCAGAACCAGUCAGCCGCCUCGGCCGCGAUAGCCCCGUUUGCACGCACUGUUCCCUGCGAAUGCCUCAAACACAUCAGUUCUUCCAUGCGGGCCAGCCGCAGUAUGCGCCUCCUGUCCUCCGCGCGCCGUCGCCCUCUAGCUCAAUCGGGACGGAAUACGGCCCUGAUGAGACGUCUCUGGAAGACAGGGACCUGAGUCAGGAGGCGUUCGAGAGGAAAUGCGAGGACAGGCUACGCCUCAGACAGCCGCGUCCGGAGGAAAUGCGAGCAAUGGAGGAUCCGCUCAUGCGACCUCGCCCGAAGACUGCCACCGAGGAGAAGGUCAUGUUCGAGAUUGUCAUGAAGAAGCUGCGCGAUCGUGUCAAGCAACUCGAAGAAGAUGAGCUCUUUGAACAGAUGCUCCUCCGCGGGACGCAGAUCGGUCUUGAGCAACCAUCAUCCGACGAUGUCGACGGUAUCAUGCGCAGUCUCAUGGUGGCCUCCGUCGAGGCGCCACCAUUCGCUAACUCAUUCGCUCCUGCGACACCAUGGAGCCCUACUCUUGCGCCGAUCGCGGGGUCGACUGGAGGGGACACGGAGUCGGGUGCCGCUACCUCAGGGAAGCGUCCAACACGGAAAGGGAAGAGUAGAAAGGCAUGACGGAAUACAAGGACUACGUCUAGUAAUCCCAACAGUACGUGAGCAGGACAGUCGAUAA